CAGCUGUCAGAAAAACAAAAUCCUUUGUAAGUGGGAGCAUUUUACAUUUCUUAAUUUUAACAUAUAAAUAAUAAUUCGAUUACAGCAAGUUGAAGGAGAAAAAUGGACGUCGAUGAAUUAGAUUUACCUACAGACUUUGAGGUCAUAGUCGUAGGGACGGGUUUGGUAGAGUCUAUAGUGGCUGCAGCUUGCAGUCGAAUAGGCAAAAAUGUUCUACACUUGGAUUCAAGAGAUCACUAUGGUGGCUUGUGGGCAUCACACAAUUUUGACUUUCUUCAGAAAUUCAUCAAAGAGGUCACCACAGAUCCAAGUAGACAAGUUCAAGUGUACAAUUUAAGUGAAAAGUGGUAUAUACCCAAAGAGUCUCCACAAGAGGAGAAACAAGAGGGAGAGGAUGGUAAGACUGAAGAAGGCAAAGAUCCAGCUAAGAAGGUGUGGAGUCAGGCUGACUUCGCCACAGAGUAUAGGAAGUUUAACAUUGAUAUGACACCAAAGUUGCUGUUUUCGCGGGGGCCACUAGUCGAGCUUUUGAUAUCGUCUAACAUCGCUCGCUACGCGGAGUUCCGUUGUGUGACUCGCGUGCUCACUUGGCUCAAUGAUAAGCUGAUGCCUGUGCCUUGCUCGCGAGCUGACGUCUUCGCAACUGAGGCAGUCAGCAUUGUAGAGAAACGAAUGCUGAUGAAAAUGCUCACGUCAAUCGUUGGUUACAACGAGGAGGAAAUGGACAACGAAUUUAAGGAUUGGAACGACAAAACCUUCCAAGAAUACCUGAUGCACAAAGGCCUGACUCCAAACUUGAUACACUACGUGCUAUACGCAAUCGCCGGAGGUACCAAUAGCAUGCCGUGUUUGGAAGGCGUGCGGGAAUGCAAGAAGUUCUUAAUGAGCCUCGGCCGCUAUGGAAAUACACCUUUCUUGUGGCCAAUGUAUGGCAGCGGAGAACUUCCUCAAUGCUUCUGUCGAUUGUGCGCCGUAUUCGGCGGCGUAUAUUGCCUCAACCGACCGAUCGACUCCGUGGAAUACAAGACUGUCGACGAUAAAAAAGUCGUAGUGAUCGGGAGCAAGUCCAAAACCCUUAACUGCGAACAUUUAGUGCUCGGAAUCAACGAAGGCCCUAAAGAUCUCUUGUCCCAAGAGCCGGCAGACAGUUCGGAUAUAUCGAGAGCUAUUUUUAUAACCAACGGGACGAUCAUGCCUAGUGAGAAAGAACCAUUGACAUUGCUGCGGUUCCCCCCAUUGACUGAGGAUAAUAAUGCUGUGACUGUUUUGGAAGUCGGUCCCGCGACAGGAUCGUGCCCUAAGGGACUUUUUGUGGUGUACUUCAUAACGAACAAAGUGACCGACGCCGAGAGCGAUCUAAUGCCGUACGCCGAGAAGAUUUUCGACAUGUCUGGCGGCGACCAGACUGAGACAUCUGACAAACCUAAGUGCCUGUGGUCGCUGUUCUACAACGUGAAAGACACUUGCGCAUCAGUCAAGGACGGGGUAGACAACGUGCAUGUGUGCGCGGGACCUGAUGCCGGGCUCGACUUCGACCGCGCUGUUCACCAGGCGGAGCAGAUCUUCAAGCAGAUCUGCCCGGGCCAGGAGUUCCUGCCGCGCGCGCCGGACCCCGAAGAGAUCGUGUUCGAGGACGACGCCGCGCCCGGGCCCGAGUUCCGCGAUGACGAGCCCGAAAAGGAGUAGACCCUUAGCGUUACAUGCUUGUCGCCCCACUCUGAAUAUAGGAACCCUGACUAGGAUUUAGGCUUUGAAAUAAAUCUAUAGAAUUACUGUUCCGAGCAAAAUACGAGUUUCACAAACCGUCAAACUAGACACGUCGUCUGGGUCUCGAUAACGGUAAAAUAACAGCUACUGUCCUAAAGUAUUAGGACAGUUAAUACGGCAAUGAACAAGUUAGUAUAGUUUUAUACUUUCCCGCAAUCCUAACGUAAAAUUUUUAAAUUCAGAGUAGUGCAAUAAGCCAUUUUAGCCUUUUUAAUUGCGGCACUGUCUCGUAUGUUGCAGUAUCAGAGUCCUGACCUGUGAGUCUGUAACUUUUAGAGGCAGUAUUCACUCGGGCAAGAUCUGUCAUCAUCAUACUUUAUUAAAUUCUGACUGAGUCAAUUUGAGAAAUCAAAAUUUCCACAUUGACCUGACAUGUCCUUUCCAAAUUAGUCCGCUUUCAUAAAAGGCUGCAUGGCAGUCAGGGACUAACUAUAUAAAAACUCUUAAUUCGACAGCGGCGAUCGCACAAUUGUCGCUUGUUAGAUAAUGGUGUUUGGUUAAGGAUGAUAAAUCACAACCGAGGAAGACAAUCCCCUUGAUUGUGUAAGAAAAACGUAUACAUCGUAAUCGUAAUGUAAACAAAUUCUGCCUGUGUCGAUUGGUUGAAUUCGCUGCCAUAAUGAAGGGGUAGAAUUUACUACCGAUUGAUUCCAAUGAGUAUAUUUGUCUUACAUAAUUGGGAGGAGUAUCAGGGUUGAUUCUCUAUGAAGUAGAAAUCGUAACGUUUUAGACAUUUGAAAAGCUACGAUUUAAUGAAAUAUAGAAUUAAAGCUUAUUUCAGCUUAAAAAGGUGUACAAUAAGCAUCAGGCAAUAUUAUGGAAAUAUUUUACAAUUUUAAUUUUUACAAGACAAAUUAUUACACAGGCUAACCUGUUUUAUUAAUGCAUGAUUUAUUUUAACGCUUUUGAGUUGGUGAUUUGUCUGUGUGCUGUUUCAAUAACAUCUUAAGUAGAUUCUAGAAACAUGCUAGAAACAUUCUCAUGAUAUACUUGACUUUGUUGGUGCAACUACGACUUUUGUUACAUUUUAGGGAAAAACGAAUUUUUAGCUUCCGACAGUAAUUAUUAUCUAUCACUCUAGAGCCGUAGAUUAUUAUUAAUUGCAAGUUUAAUAUAAUAUUAUUAGUAACAUAUCAGAUAUCGCUAGCGUAACCAUAGACUAAGGCAUCCAUACUCUUACUAUGAGUUUGUAGAUCUCGACAAUGUUGGUAGAUUUCCAGUAGGCGAAUUAGAAAAAUCUAAACCCUUAUAAUUAGAAUGUUAACUAUAUCGUCAAAAAAUAAUUAUAAUAUCUUUCUGUCAUGUAUACCAACUUAUGAUUAGUCAUGACUAACUACCGCUUCGGAAAGCAGUUUCUACUGACAAGAGCCGGUAAGAAAUUCGGCAAUUUCAGAAUAAAAAUGGAUCUAAAUUCUAAAGGGCCUUUUAAAAGAGUCACCUUUUAUGUGGGUCCUAUCAAUUUUUACUUUAAAAUAUUUUAUAGAGCUCUAGCUGUAUUCGAAUUUAAGGCAAAGCGCGCACGGCCGAUUAAAUGGCCGACUGUACUCUCCUCGAUUUUGUAUGAUAAAUCAUACCUACAAAAUUAUUUGUUAAAAUUGCCGCACUCGAACCUACACAUUGCUGUUUGAUGUAUCGAGGCCGCUAUUUGACCGCUAGUACGCGCCUAGCCCAAAGCAAGAGAGGUUAGUUAGGCCCAUUACACACUCACUAUUUUCAUAUGCGAAAUCUAUCUACGUUCUCGAGAAUGCAAACUCUUACUAAGCCAACUGUAGAGGUUACACCAACAAUGUUUCUUCCGAUUGAUCUCCUGUAGACAUACGAGACCGCGCUGGUUAUAAUGUUAAGGUAUAAUCCCAGUAAGAUUUAUACGCUUUUGGCUUGACUUUAUGCAUUCCGACUGGUGCGUUUGGAAUGCAGUCGGCUUUGAUUAGGCCGCGAUCACGCCUGUAAGUUUUACUUACGUAAGUAGCUUACAUCAUUAAAUGACAACUAAUUUACUAAGUUAAAUGUAGGUACUCAUAAGAGUGUUUACAUUAGUAAAGUCGUAAGUUAAUCAUGUAAGCUACUUGAGUAAAACUUAGAGGUUUAUGCGCGGUCUUAGGAUAGGUUUUGGAACGACCAUUGACUUUUCAUAGUAAAUCGAAAUUUGAUGCUAUACGAAUAAUAUUGAUAUCAUCUUAAAUUAAGACAUUUUUUAUAUUGGUGUAUUUAUUGAGAAGCUGGGUUGUCUUGACAGGUUUAGCAAGAACAACUUUGAGCGAGAAUCGAGAUAAAAGAGGUAAAAAUUUAAAAUUUAAUAGGCAUGUGAAACUGUCAAGAGGUUUUUAACAGCCGAAAUUAAUACAAUCAAUCUAUCUGUAAUCUGUUUGAUAUGUAAUCUGUUGAAUAAGUUACUUAGAUACGUCAAAAAUACCAUACAAUUUAUUACAAAUAACAACGUUGCCAAUAUCAUCGACCGAUUACGGAUAGAUUGAUUAUUAACUUUGGCCGUAAAUGUAUUUUAUAGAUUGACGUACAGUUGGCUGUUUUGUUUAUGGGAUGAUAUUGCUCUCUAAUUUUGUAUAGAUCAGUAUUAUUUAUUAAUUUUAUUGUAAUAUAUAAUGGCCAAAAUUAAUAAUUAUAAUCAGUCAUAUUAUCUAUUGAUAAGUUUUUUAAUAACGUUAUUAUUAGUUAAAAAUUGCUCUUUUUUAAUAAAUAACAAUGUUGCUAAGUAACUUAUCAACAGAUUACGGAUAGAUUAUUUAUUAAUUUCAGUUGUAAAAAAGGAACAGAAGAGCAAAUCAAAAAUUGAGAUAGUUACGAAGAGUGAGCUUAGAAAGACUUAGCCCAUUCUCACAUGCAGGGGAUAUCAAAAAAAUCAGUUUUCAACUAUGUCACAAUUACCUAAAUUAUUAAUGUCAAUAUAAGACAUACUUAUGACAUAUUUAUGUAGGUAUUAUCAAUACCUGUAGCCCAAAAAUGUACCUAUAGGGUAGACUGAAAUCAGAAUUGUGGCCCAAUUCGUAAAAGUUGCAGUUGUACUGUUGAACAAGUUGUAGGCACAAACUACAAACAAGCCUUACGCUUAUUUGACCCUCCAAAUAUAAGCGAAUAACCUUUUUUGGAAUUAAGAGAUAUAGUUACAUACUUGCCUGCAUACUUUUUUAUUAAAAAAAUAUAGUUAGGUACCUACGCGCUAAAAAGAUUUGUUGUUCUAUAGUUGCAAACUGAUUGCCUCGUGUGUAAAGGGCCUUAGAUAACAUUGUGCGCACCAGUCCUAGGAAUAGACAUAGCACAUAUUAUUAGUUUUUUAUUAUAAUUAAGUUAUUUAGCACUCAAUCGUAUUUAUUGUCAAAUCGGAUAUUAUGCAUAAAAAUGCAUGUGCAGCUUGGUGCAUAUUAUAAUUCCAUUAAAAUGUGAUUAUUAGAAAU